GGCAAUCAACAUCGAGGGUGCCCGCACUUCGUAAUCCUGUACUAUUCUGGCGAGAAGUGGGACUGCGGCUCCCCGAAUUGUGGGCUUAGUUCCCAACAUGCUCACCCGAACGCACGCAAUUGCCCCUGCCCGAAGGCUUACCGUGAAAGGCGGCGUGUCCUGAAUCUGAUCCAGGAACCUUGUGAUGCCUGCAAGGAAGCUGCUCUCGCGGCGCGUGUCAGACGUCGAUGA